AUGAUUAUGGACAUGACGAAGUCGGAGACUCGCUGGGAUUUGACGGAGAAGAAGACGCGUCGGAGACUCGCUGGGACUCAACCAUUGAAGCAUCAAUUUCGUGGAAGGCUCAGAGGUUCCUGCUGUGUACAAGAUGUACUCAAAAAUAGAGAACUGAGGCGUUGCUUUGGUUUCAUCAGCCAA